AUGCAUCAUAUCCCUACCCUCAAACAGUAUAUUCUCCAACAGCAGCUUCUCACUUUCUACCGCCAAGUCAUCCGGGCAUCACGAACUCUCCCAGAUUCUACAGCGCGUGCAGAAACAAUCCGUUGGUUUCGCGCUGAGAUAGAGAGAGGGAGACAUCUUACCGACGUCGAGGAAAUCCGACAUAGGUUGGUUUACAUGAGACGCGAGAUGUAUCAGGUCCUUCCAACAGCCCGAACGGUUCAAUCGUUAAAGCUGGUCUAG